AUGCGACAUCGUCCUUGCCCUCGACCAACCAAGCCCCUCAUGAACAGGGCGAGGAAGAAGCCCCGUCGAUUGCCACUUGUCUUGAGAUUCAUCAAAGGCUCAAUUCACAGCGACAUCUUGGUGCCAGUAAUCAUUCAUGCAUUGUUUGCAGCAUUGAUUGUAUAUGUUGACGACUUUACGCCCUACACGCCACACCUUCCUGGCAGUAUCACAGCUUCCCUAUCUAUUGUUGUCGGCUUGCUACUGGUGUUCCGCAACCAGAGCUCAUACGCUCGAUUCUGGAGUGGACAGCAAGAACUCACGACCAUCUGCACAAACAUUCGCAAUCUGACUCGGUCAUUCUUGACUUCCUCAUACUCUGCNAAAGGUCCCGAGCCUACGGCAGCCGAGCGAGCGGAGACCGAGACUGCCGUUCACACCCUAUUGGCGAUCAUCUACGCGGUUAAGAACACGCUCCAAUGGGAGUGGGAACACAGUGUUGGAGCACCGGACCUCGAAGAUAGCGGAUCUGGAUCCUUGAAGCCAGAGCUGAGAGAGCUUCUUGGGCCUAGGAUGUCUCAAACCUAUGAAUUCGAGGGCCUUGGUCUUCCUAUCCAACUCACCAUGUCCAUCGAGGCAUAUAUCAAGCGCUCCCACGAUCGAGGGUGGUUCCACAGUCCGCAGGCAUCUCAGCUCUCGGUGCAGCUCAAUUCAUUGGUGGCAGCGUUCGGAAUCAUGGAGACGAUACGCUUGACGCCUAUUCCAGUUGCCUAUCUUAUCCAUACCAGGCAGGUGUUGGCACUUUAUGGAGGCGUGCUGCCGUUUGCUUUCGUCGAGAGUCUACAGUGGUGGACUAUCGUGAUAGUUUCUCUCAUCACCUUCACUCUAUAUGGUAUAGAAGCCAUUGCAUACCAGUUGGAAGAGCCGUUCGGGUGGGACAGGGCAGACAUCAAGAUGGACGACAUUGUCGAAGAUCUGAGGAUAGAAGUCGCAGUGCUGUUGAGAGAGUGGCAAGAGAAUGCGCCAAUGUUUGGCCGACAGUAG